CACAGAGAAAUAUCUUCGGCGAUGAUGAUGGUCGCCCCUCGUUCUUUUGGUGAUUUGUUUUGGCGUAGAUAGAGGGCGUAGCAGUUCUGCAGGACUUUUGCCAAUGACGCAGGUCGAGCAUUUCUCUCUUUCGGGGGCCUAAUGUCCUACGUAAAUCAUGUGGUUCACUCGCCGCGUCUCGGCGCCCUAAUUUCCUUCGGGAGCUUAUCAAUAGUAAUGUGGCUGCUUACCCUUCGGGGACCUUCCUAAGCGGAGGGUCAUCAUUGUGAUCUACAGUGUCGUGUACUCAUGGUUUUCUUCUUACCUAUCAAAUCGAUUAGCAAGAGUUGGGUGUAUUAAUUUCUGAGAAUCGGUAGUCAACAAAAGUAGGAGUAGGUACCUAUUUUUUAGAGGUAGAAAAAGAAAAAUGAUGCGUGAGGCAGUGGAGCCGCUGAAGAUCCUGCACACGACUUCCAACUAUGGGAAGAACUUGCCCGGAAAAUCAAGCACGAUUGAUCCCCACAUAGGUGUGCAAGCGUUGUGGACGUACAUUUUGCCCGAAGCCUACCGUGGCCCAAUGUCGGAGCAAGAUUCCGUCGAAGAUCGAACGCAGCCCUGUUGUAUGCACCAUGUUCGUCGUAUUUCGCUGCCACCUGCGGCGUUUGCCGAGUGGGCUGGCGUAGACGAUUUCGACGCUUACGUUGCAGCACAAAACGCACGAAAAAAGGGGAAGAAAGGAAAAGGAAAAGAAGGCAAGAAAGGAAAGAAGGGACGCGGCAAAGCACAGCACGGUGGAGAUGAUGAGGUGGAAGGCGCCGCAAACGACAAGUGGAGCCUUUUUUUCGUGAACACAACGCCUGGUAGUGCAGCACAGCAUCGGUUUCACAAGUACGUCUUGAUGAUGGACAGCGAGCAUGACCAGUGGGCCGCCAAGUGCAGGCAUUUCGCACGUUACAAACCAGUGGAAGAGGUUAGUGGAGUCUCCAGUUUCGAGCUACCUGCUGCGCUCGCACGUUUUUAUCGGGAGGAGUUUGGGGGCUUGUUGGACGCCUGCAACGAGGAUGGCCGGAUUGUGGAGCAUGUGCAUGUUGGCAUUCUCGGUGGAAACGUGUUCGCGUCGUACGUCGAUGAAAACCCGCAUGUCUGGGAGCACACUCUACGCCCGGCGCUGCCGCGCAUUCAUCAGAACGGGAAUGAGGAUCCCCAUCACGAGGACGACUUUGAUUUUGAGAACUGGCAGUCUGAUGGCGAACCCGAAGAAUCGUGGCAAACUGUCAAGGGGAAGCCAAAAGCGAAGGAUGGUGCUAACAAGACUCAUUAUUGCGUUCUUUCUCUGCAGCACGACUUUUGUCGUCUCUUUUGGAGUUUAGAAUCACAAGUUCAAUCUAUUUUUUUGACAUGUACUAAUCGUAGUGCAUCAUUAUUUUUUUUUGUUCUCUCCUUUUCGAAUCAGGUUGUCUGCCUUUUUGUUUCGAAUCGGAUGAGAACAUCUUUCCAGAUGGGGAGGGUAUUUUCCGUCACUAUUGCCGCGCAGAAGCGUUAUGGCGCUGCAAACGCAACGGAUGUCACACUGCGGCAAGGAACGUACCGGUGCCGCUAAGGGUCCCGGUGGGCAGUAAGAAGAAAGCUACAGAUCAACAGGGUGAUUCAGCUGAAACAACUUGUGUUGAACAAGAAGAUGCUGAUCGUGAUCAACAAAGUGAUAUCCGUGGUCCCCGCUUUGCCAAAAAUAUCACCGAUGCCAAGAAACUGAAGGAUGAUGAUCGUGUGGAAUCUCGCUGGUUCUCCAGCACUUGCUGGUUUCAUGAGCACCUGAAGGACCGUGAGUCGCAGAAUUUGCGUAAGGGAUUCGAACGCCAGUACUGCAACGAAUGUUGGCGCACUUAUGGCGACUGCAUCGAGGGGAAAAUUUUGGAGUACGCCAAGAUGGGCUCCGGGCUCUACAACGGCAAGGGAUACACUGGAAGCGAUAAUCCGAAUGUUAUGGCGAAUAAUUGAAGUUCAUAUAAUCUCAUCUCGUAAUAUAGCAAAAGUGUACUACUUACCGAUGAAAUACUCUUGGUCCAACGAUGCUGAUGCACUACGUUACAGAUGAGAUAGAGAUUUAGAUGAGAUUGAUAGGUUAAUACUAGCUUGGAGCGUCCGAUAACAUCCCUCCCACUAGGAUCCCCCUCCUCCCCAAAAUAAGAAAGAAACUAAGCAAGGCAAAGAUGUAAGCGAUACGCGUUUUCAAAUUUCGAAAAUUUUCCACGUUUUGCCAUAGUUUGCGGAUUGGGUCUCGUGCGUUUGAAGUCAAGGGCUAAGAUCCCAAAGCUUUCCGACUUUCAGCCCUUUCGCUGAAAUUCAGUGUCUUGGAUCUGCAUUCUUCAAAUUUCGAAAAUUCUCCGCGUUUUGUUGUCGUUUUGGGAUUGAAUUUUGUGCGUUUGGAGCGCUAAAGUCCCUAAGUUUUUGACUUUCAGCCCUUUCCCUGAGAUUCAGCCUCAUGGGUUUGCAUUUUUCAAAUUUCGAAUAUUUUCCACAUUUUGUCGCCGUUUUGGGAUUGAAUUCUGUGCGUUUGAAGUGCUAAAGUCCCAAAAUUUUUGAUUUUAAGCACUUUCCCUGAGAUUCAACCUCUUGGCUUCGCGUUUUUCCAAUUUCAAUAAUUUUCCACGUUUUUCGUCGUUUUGGGAGUGAAUCCCGUGAGUUUGAAAGGCUAAGGCCCCAAAAUUUUUGAUUUUAAGCCUUUUCGCUGAAAUUUAAUGCCUUGGCUUCGCGUUUUUCAAAUUUCGAAAACUUUCCACAUUUUGCCGCCGUUUUCGGGUUGAAUUCCGUGCGUUUGAGGUGCUAAGAUCCCAAAAUUUUUGAUUUUAAGCCCUUUCUCCCGAAAUUCAAUUCCAUGGCUUCGCGGUUUCAUGGUUAAUGGUUUCAUGGUUAAUGGUUUCGUGGUUUCCUGGUUUCAUCUUGGUUUCCUGGUUUCGUGGUUUCAUGGUUUCAUGGUUUGGUUUCGUGGUUUGGUUUCAUGGUUUCAUGGUUUCUUUUCAUGGUUUCCUGGUUUCGUGGGUUCAUGGGUUCAUGGGUUCAGGGGUUCAGGGGUUCAUGGGUUCAUGGGUUCAGGGGUUCAGGGGUUCAUGGGUUCAUGGGUUCAGGGGUUCAGGGGUUCAGGGGUUCAGGGGUUCAUGGGUUUGGGGUUUGUUUGUUUUUGUGUUGGAGGUUUUGGGUUUGGGUGUUUUGGGUUUGGGUGUUGGAGCUUUUGGGUUUGGGUGUUGGAGCUUUUGGGUUUGGGUGUUGGAGGUUUUGGGUUUGGGUGUUGGAGGUUGAGGUUUCCGAAGGGAUGUGUUUGCAAAGUUUUAUUGCUCUUAAUAUUGACACUAGUUCUAAUGGUAGGGAUGGAACGACACUGCAAAUGCGGCCAGUUGGGCGGCACCAGCAGGACACAUGCGAUAUCUGUCUACGUCUGAAGCGCGAGCAAGGUUUCAGUGCUGGGUGUCUCAAAUUUUCCAGUUGGUGUGCGAAAGGGCUUAUUCGCGUCAAACCGGGCUCGCAACGCUGGUCUUGGGCGGCAGGAAUUAACUCUGAGGAGGAUGCACAAAAUGCUUGCGCUGGAGGUGCCGGUCGUGCGCGCCGACGCAGAUAAGCAGAGGAUCACCGAAAAUGUAGUCAUGAUAGUAAAAAUAUGAUGGAAAAAGUGAAGCCCGGAGCUUUCUGUAAGAAGAAAUAUUUAUGUAGGUACGUACGUUCUCUUCGGAGAAAAAGAAAUUGUGACUAAGUUUGUCGUGAACCACGACAGAUUUUGAUAUUGACCAAAUCCCAUACCCAUUUCAAAAAAGACGACUCACUAUCGAGCAAAAUUUUUCAAAUAAUGUGACCAUCGAAUAUUUCAAUUUCUAGUAUUUUUUUUUACUCCCCCACUUCCGCGGCAGUUGUUUGCCCCCAUUUACACGGCAUGCGUUUGCCGUCAGCUCCACGGCAUUCGCUUGUCCUAAAAUAUUCAGCACCCAGUGGGCUCAUUCGCUAAGUGCAAGGUUUUUCCAAGAAAGCUGCAAUGAAGCGUACAUUGAUGGAGUUCCCGAAUUUCAGUCAUACCACGCGCACGCUUCAUGUUCCUCAAGCAUGAUUUAUUGCACAUGGUAUUCAGCUCUAGAAAUGCGGAACGCGCUCAGAAAACGAACAG